GCCUGGUUCACCGGCGUUUUCGGGCCCGAAUGGAAAAAUCGUCACUCAGUUCUAGCUAUCGGAGCUGGUUUAUUUGAAACAAAGGGUGCAAUAGAUACAAAGCCCCGCAAUUUAUACAAGAGGCUACAAGUUGUACAACUUCCACUGUGCCUGUAGAGGAAUGGCCACGAACUCUCAUGAAAGGGAGCCGAGCCCCCGGUCCGGGCGGCUCCGGCCGAAACUUCUGGCUGCUACUGCGUUUUCGAAAAGCCCCACGCCAUCGCCUCGCGAGGAGAAGGAACCAUCCCUCGCACAGAUACUGCAGGAACACGAUAAAAAGAAGGAGCGCCGAGCGGUCUCGCCCGCUUCGAGCUCGCCUGCGAGUCAGUUGGGUUCCGAGUAUUACCCGGCUACGAGCGAUAAGGAGCAGCGUCGUCGGAAGAAGAUAGAAAGUCGCGUGGAGAAGAAACGCCAGCUACUCUCUUCAGGCCGCACGGAGACGGUAGACACUCUACCCUCUUCCUUUACUCCCGCUUCGAUGGCGAAGCACUCGUCGCAGUUGGCAUCACGAGACCGGGACUUUGUCAGCGUUGACAAUUUCCUCAGCGAGGCUACUUCCGCAGAGAGUACGUUUGAUGUGUUUCACAAAAUCAUAAAGCACAAACUAUAUUAACAGUUGCAUAUCAGAUUGUACUUGUCGAUACUCUGUUUUCACUGUCGGUCCGCCUUUUUCGAAAUUAUGGGUAGCCGAAACUGUAUAGCUUGUCGCGUUAAACUCUUGAAAUUUUCAAACUUUGGUGCACAAAUACAACAGUCGGCAUGGGUUCCUCCGAGCUUCGUUCGUUUGCGCCCGCGGGGGAAGUGUACGCGAGCCGUGAGCGCGAGAGGAUCGAGCGGAAAAUGGAGCAGCAGCUCCGGAGGCAACAGGAGCGGGCCGCGAGCCGGUCGUCUGCGGACGACGAGCUACGGUCUGGGAACUACUACGGGCCAGCCAGCCAGUCGUCCCCCAGUAGCGGCAGCCGGCCCUCGCGGAAGCAACUGGAGGAGGACGCUGUCAACCGGAAGAAGGGCAAGGCCGACGAGGUAGCGGACCAGAUGCGGCUAAACAUUAUGAAGUUAGCGGAAAACAACGAGAAGCUAGACCGCUUGGACGAGCAAUACAAGGAAGACGUGAAGAGCGCGGGCCGGUACCGCGACGGGGCUAAAAAGCUCGAGGCUUAUUUCCGAGACAGGGCCGGCGAGGGCGGCGGGAAAAAAACAGGUGCCGACCGCGGUGAAGGUAGCAGUUCGAGGCCGCGGCCAGCCGGAGCUCCGAAGAGCGAUGCAAGCGCUAAGGACCACGGAGCUCCGAAGACCUCCGAAGAGCCGAAACAGGAGGAAGAAGAGAGCGCUUGCUCCGCAAUGUAACGUUCGAUAAGAGGAAUGUCCAGAGAGUCGUCUGAGACCACUCUGGGCUCGUGAAUGUGAUGAACAGGAUUUGCUGUAGUUGGAAGAAUACGUGCUGAAAAGACGAACUUUGAUAAAGAGCGCCUCCGUGGUGUCGGGGAGGAGCAACGCGUUAUAC